UCCGCAUCCAGUUCCAAGUUCCAGUUCCAGUUCCAGUCCAGAGCUUAUUAUCUCUCCUCCUCCUCCUUCUCCCCAUCGCCCACAAUAAACACUCUUUUCUCUUUCUUUGUAGCUAAGCCUAAGCUCCCUCCCUCCCUCCCUCCCUCGCUUCCUCCCUCUUGCUCAACAUCAACUCAGGAGUACAACACCUACCCAUGGGAGAGGAAGAAAAGAAAGCAGAGGAGAAGAAACAAGGCGCAGCUGCCCCAGUGGAAGAAGCCAAAGGAGGCGAAGGGAAUAACAAUAAUAAUAAUAAUAAUAAGAUGAAAGAUCAGGAAGAGAAGAAGCCCCCCGUCGAGAAGAAUCAGAAUCAGGCGGAAGAAGAUCAGAAAAAGGAAGAGAUAAAAGAUGCUGCUAAAGAUGCCAAGGAGCAAGCUGCUGCUGCUGCUCCUCCGCCCCCGCCCCAGCCCCAAGAGAUAGUCUUGAAAGUGUACAUGCAUUGUGAGGGAUGUGCCCGCAAGGUCCGCCGGUGCCUCAAAGGUUUCGCUGGGGUGGAGGAUGUGAUAACGGACUGUAAGAGUCAUAAGGUGGUGGUGAAGGGAGAAAAGGCGGAUCCUUUGAAGGUGCUGGAUAGAGUCCAGAAGAAGAGCCACCGGCAGGUUGAGCUCCUCUCCCCCAUCCCGAAGCCGCAGCCAGAGGAGCCACCGAAGCAGGAGGAGAAGGAGCCCCCCAACUCCAAGCCUGACGACAACAAGGAUGAUAAGCCGCAAGUGAUAAUGGUGGUGCUGAAGGUCCACAUGCAUUGCGAGGCCUGCUCUCAGGAAAUCAAGAAGCGCAUCCUCAGGAUGAAAGAUGUGGAGUCGGCGGAGGCGGAUCUGAAGAGCUCGGAGGUUGCGGUGAAAGGGGUGUUCGAAGUGCAGAAGCUGGUGGACUACGUGUACAAGAGGACGGGGAAGCACGCGGUGGUGGUGAAACAGGAACCGCCAGAUCAGAAGAAAUAUCAGGGAGGUGACAAGCCCAAGGAUGACGAUGAUGAUGGUAAGGAAGAAAACAAGAAAGCAGAGGAAGGUGGUGGUGAUCAGAAUAAUAAGAAGAAGGCCCAUCAGGAAGAAAGCAAAGAAGGUGGUAGUGAAGCAGCAGCCGCAGCUGCAGAUAAUAAUGGUAAUAAUAAUAAUAAUAAUAAUAAAGCAUCAUCAGAAGGAGCCAUGGAAGAAGGUGGUGCUAAUAAUAAUGAGGUUGUGGAGCUGAAGAAGAAUGAGUACUACUACUACUACCCUGCGUUUUACCCCCCAAAGUACGCUAUGGACAUCUACUCUUCUUCAUCGGCGUCGUCUUCUUAUGGCCAGUACCACCACCACCAACACCCUGCUGCCAUUGCUGCUGCUUACCCACCUCAGCUCUUCAGUGAUGAGAACCCCAACGCCUGCUCUAUCAUGUAAAAUCAGGGGGAAAGGGAAAAAAAAGAAAGAAAGGAACUUAACCCUGGGUCAUACAGAGCGGGAGAAAUGGGGAAAAGAGGGGAAAAAUAUAUAUUACAUACAUUAUAAAAUGUUAAAAAUGGGGGGUAUAUUUCCCCAAUUUGUCCUGCUCUGCAUGUGCCCUGCGGUUGCUGCUGCUGCUACUGCAAGGCAUCAUGAAUCUACAGAUAAGCCGUAGAGUUUUGUUAAAGCUCCUCUCUUUCUUUCUGUACCCUUUUUCUUUGGCUCCUUUUUCUUAUUAGAAAUAAAUAAAUAAAUAAUAUAUCGUAAUAUAAACAAAUAAUAUAUCAAAGUCCUUUCUACUUUGCUUUGUUGUUGAUA